AUGAAUAAACUUGAGUCUGCUUGGGUUGAGGAUGUUAAGAAGCCAAGAAAGAGGACAGUUCAAGAUGUCAUGGCAAAGUUUUCUAUUGAUGAUGAUGUUGUUGCAAUUGGAGAUGUAUUCUUUGCUGAUGUUGAGAAAGAGUGGGUGAUGCAGCCAGGUGGUCCUAUUGCACACAAAAGUAAGACUCUGAUUGAACCAAGUCGUCUUAUCAUGCUCACUGCCCAGCGAUUCAUCCAAACAUUCAUGGGAGGGAGCUUUAUAGCACUUCAUUUUCGGCGUCAUGGGUUCUUGAAGUUUUGCAAUGCCAAAAGUCUAAGUUGCUUUUAUCCCAUUCCUCAAGCUGCUGCUUGCAUUAAUCAAGCAGUUGAAAGGGCCAAUACUCCAGUAAUUUAUCUUUCUACAGACGCUGCAGAAAGUGAAACUGAUUUAUCGCAGUCCCUUGUUGUGCUAAAUGGGAAGAUUGUACCACUUGUGAAGAGGCCAGCUCGAAAUUCAGUUGCAAAAUGGAAUGCUCUGUUAUAUAGACACAGCCUUGAUGGAGAUCCUCAGGAAGUUGUAGUUCUUACCAUUGGAGCUAAGAAUAAUGAAGCAUCUGCAACCCGAGAAGUAACAAUAACAUUGGGUUUGUACCUUUCCAUACAUUCAACAACUGGAGUAGCUCCCAUAUAA